AUGUCGAAGCUUCUAGAAUGGGGUGAUGGUGGUGAUGGGGAGGGGGAGGUGCCGGGGUAUGCGGAGUAUAUGUUUACGGAUGUGUCGGCGGGGUAUUUCCCGCAGGCGAGGGAGCGGUUUAAAGGGGCGCCGAAUAUGAGGUUUCAGGCGUUUGAUAUUACGAGGGAUGCGUUGCAGCAGGGGUUUGUGGCUGGGUCGUAUGAUCUGGUGGUGGCGCCCAAUGUGGUGCAUGCCACGCCGUGCUUGAGGGAGACGCUGGCGAACUUGCGACCGCUGCUGAAGGAUGAUGGGAUGCUGUUGUUGGUGGAGCUGUCUACCGUUAUGAGGAUGCCGACGUUCAUCUUUGGCAACUUCAGCGGUUGGUGGCUUGGGGAGGAGGACGGCCGGGUUUGGGAGCCGUAUGUCUUGCCGGAGCGGUGGGAUGAGGAACUCAAGGCAGCCGGCUUCACAGGGGUGGAUGCUCUUGUGGCGGACGGGGAGAUGCCGUGGCAGAUGGGCGUUGUGAUGGUGUCGAGACCAAAGGUGGAGGAAAAGACAGAACCUGACAGGAAGGUUACGCUUCUUUGUCAGGAUCCUGCAGAUGGACCUGUACAAUCCCUCGUUGCCGGACUUGAGAGCGAGGGCUGGGAUGUCUUGCCGUGCCGCUUGGGCGAGCUCCCUCCUACCGGGCGAGACAUCAUUUCUUGUAUCGACCUCGAAACACGGUUCUUCGACCAGGGGUAUCUCACAGAAGCCAACUUUACAGCAUUCCAAGGCCUCCUUCGCCAUCUCCAGGACAAGGACAGCCGUAUCUUAUGGCUCACUCCGCCCUUCCAAGUCAAAUGCCGCGACCCGCGCGGUGCCCAAGCCCUCGGGGUCAUGCGGACCAUCCGCGCCGAGCUAGGCCUCUCGCUAUUCACCCUCGAGCUCGACUACGAGCGUGAAGCGCAGCAUGCUGUUCACCUCAUCUCCAAGGUCUUCGUCAAGAAGGUCCAGAACUCCCAAGACGGCGACAUCCUCAACGCGGACCGCGAGUUCGCCAUUGACAACGGCACCAUCCUCCUCAGCCGCUACCACCCCUUCAGUAUCACUCGCGAACAAACUCUACCCCCUGAUAACACCACCGCCAGCACCCCCACCCCCAUCACCACCGUCUCCCCAUGUCACUCCAUCCCCCCAACCGCCACAACCCUCCGCAUCCCCCACCCCGGCCACCUCCCCUCCCUCACCUGGACCACCACCGCCCUCCUCUCCCCCAGCCACCUCCCCCCAACCCACGUCCUCAUCCGGAUCCACUCCGCGGCCCUCAACUUCCGCGACAUCCUCCUCGCCACGGGCACCAUCCCCGCCCCUCUCCACACACCCACCCCACUCGGCUACGAAGCCUCCGGCACCAUCCUCCACACCGGCACCGGCCCCGCCGCAGCCACUCGCUUCCGCCCCGGCGACCGCGUGCUGCUCCUCUCCCCGCACAGCACGCUGACCACCACGCUGUGCGUGCCCGCCGCGCUGGUCGUGCGCAUCCCCGAUGCCAUGCCGCUGGGCGCGGCGGCCGCGGCGCCGGUGUGUUUUGGCACCGUGAUGCAUGCGCUGCUGGAGGUGGGGAGGCUCAGGCAGGGCAUGUCAGUGCUGGUGCACUCGGCGUGUGGGGGCGUGGGGUUGGCGGCGCUGGAGGUUUGUCGGAUGGUUGGGGGGGUGGAGGUGUUCGUGACGGUGGGAAGUGAGGAGAAGGUGGAGUGGUUGGUGGGUGGGGAUUGGGGGGUGAGGAGGGAGAGGGUGUUUGGGUCGAGGGAUGGGGGGUUUGUGGAGGGUGUGAUGAGGGAGACGCAAGGGAGGGGGGUGGAUUUGGUGCUGAAUUCGCUGUCGGGGGAGUUGUUGCAUGCGAGUUGGGGGUGUGUGGCGAAGUAUGGGAUGUUGUUGGAGUUGGGGAAGAGGGAUUUGGCGGGCGCGGGCAGGCUGGAUAUGGCGCCGUUUUUGGCCAACCGAACGUAUGCUGGGGUUGAUCUGUUGCAAUACGUGGCAGAAAGGCCGGAGAAGGUUACCGAGCUGCUUACGCAGUACGUCGACAUGUAUGAACAGGGCCGGUUGCGAUUGCCGCAUCCUGUUUCCUACUUCCAGGCGGGCGAUGUCGAACAGGCUUUCCGACAUCUCCAGAACGCCGGCCAUAUUGGCAAAGUCGUUGUUAACAUGCCAGAUGAUGCCUCCACACUUAACGCGGUCCCGCUGCCCAGGUCGGUCACCCUGGACCCAGACGCUACAUACCUUCUGGUUGGAGGUGCCAAAGGUCUGGGAACCUCCAUGUCCAGCUGGCUUGUGGAACACGGAGCCAGAAACUUGACGUUCUUGUCAAGGGGUGCGGGUACAAACCCCGAAAGCAAGGCUCUGUUCGAGGAACUUCGAGCCAUGGGUUGUUCGGUCAAUGUCGUGGUGGGAAGUGUGGAGAACAAAAAAGAUAUUCUGGCGGCAGUCUCCAGCUCUGGCAAGGUUGUCAGGGGAGUCUUUCAACUCGCCAUGGUCAUGAACGAUGCACCACUUGUGGACAUGAAAUGGGCCCAGUGGAACGCAACGAUUGGCCCCAAGGUCCGAGGAACGUGGAAUCUGCACGACGUCCUCGCGGACCAGCCCCUGGACUUCUUCUGGAUGGCCAGCUCCAUCGUCACGCUGGUCGACGAGGCUGGGCAAAGCAACUACUCGGCAGGUUGCGUUUUCCUCGAAGCCUUCUGUCAAUACCGCCACUCCCUCGGGCUUCCGGCCACUGUCCUCAACAUCAGCCCCAUCGGCGGCGUUGGGUACGUCGCCGAGAAUGCCCACGCACGCCGGAGCAUCAAGGCCCAGGGACUCUACACCCUCGGGGAGCACGAGUUCCUCGACUUUGUCGCGCACAACAUCCUAGCGGCUGGGUCAAGGAGCAACAUCGAGGUGGGGGUCAAGCCUAGCAGCCUACCGGGAGCGUCGGUUCUGCAAUCCUGGGAAAACCCCAACCAGGUGGUCAUGGGUCUACGAUCCGCCUCGGACCUGCCCCUCGACGACCCCAACAGUCGCACCAACUGGCGCCGGGACCGCCGCAUGGGCAGAUAUCACAACAUUCGGCCGGACGAGGAACACAAGGCUUCGUCGUCUGGGGAAAGCCGGAUGGCUCUGUUCCUUGACAAUAUCAUCAGCUCUGACGGGGAGAGUGUGAAGAACCGGCUGGCCGACCCCGAGGUUGUGGCAUUUCUGGCGCGCGAGAUCGGGGGGAAGAUCUACGAAUUUAUCUUGAAGCCGAUUACUGGCGACGAGGAGGUGGACACAAGGUUGACGCUAGCACAGAUUGGCUUGGACUCACUGAUGGCGAUUGAGUUGAGGAGGUGGUUGAGGCGGGUAUUUGGCAUCGUGAUUAGUGUUUUGGAAAUCAUGGGUUCGGGAUCGUUGAUUCAGGUCGGCGAGGUGGUAGCUGGCAAGUUGGCCGAGAAACUAACAAAGGAGUAG